UUACUUACUUUUUACUCUAUUUGCACCCCCUACUUUUUCAUCCAAACAACAAUUUACCCUUCCACUUACACCAUCCACCAAGUUGCACCCCCCAACAAUUUACCCCUCAACUUGUACCCCCCUCGAACUUGCACCCCCUUGUUGCCAAACAUAGUGGUAAUGACAUGUUACGGUUUGAUUUGGCGAUGUGAAGUUUUUAAUAUAUCUUUUUAUGUUCCGAUGAAGAUUGAAGAGAAUGAUGGGUUGGGUGCUCUGUUUCAUUGAUUCAUCCAAUACAAGUCGGGUCAAGCGGGUGACUUGGAUAGCACUUGUAAACAAUCAAAAGAUGUUGACACUGUUUUAGCUGGCAUUGGCAUUAUCUUCGGAAACAAGGUCUGUUUGUGUUUGUUUUUCCCGAUUUCCUCCGUUAAUUUAUAGUUUAUAUUAAUUUUAAAGGUGUUUUAAUUUAACCAUUUGUGAAUCUAUUUAGAUUUCCAUAAAUUAUUGGACAGGGUGUUGGCUAGUUUGGCCUUUUCUUCGCAACUUUAAAAAAAUAACUUUUGACAAAUGACAAUAGGCGAUAUAUAAUCCGUGCUUAAUCGAAAAAAAUUUAUGUUAAAAUAAUUUUUGUCUAGUAUUGAUUUUGGUAAUCACAUUUUCCCACUCAUUCUCAUUCGACAAUAGUUUCACAUAUUGUGCCAUGACAUUCCUAUGCUAUUCUAGUCUAAAUCAAAAUGUAUAUGACUUCACCUAUCUUGUCUUGUUCGAGUAUGUGCGAGGGAAGGCCAUAAUUGGUAUGGUGGUUUAUCCGCAAGGAUAUCUAUGACAAAAGAAAAAACGCCAAUAAUCUCACAUAUAUUCGGAUCAUGCCAUCUUCGUUUCGACCAUUUGAACUAUUAGGUUAUCAGAAGUAACUAGAAAAGCUAUAUUAUACGAGCAUUUAAGAGUGUGGAUACUGAUUUACGACCUUAAACCUUAUGUGCGUAAACACUUUUGUAAGCGUGUUGACAAGGAUUGUGAAACCUUGUAGGAGGGUAUACCGGAAAAGUUCGUGGUAAAGUAUUUCGUACCAAAAUCGUGAUUCAACUGUAAUUCGAUUUUUUCCUACUGCUAAAACCGUCUAUCAAAUCUGGGGGAGUACCUGCAUCGGCAACAUUUUCAAGGCCUAGCACCCGAUACUGGGGGGAGACUUCGUCUCCAGCACUCGCGGUGCCUUUGGAAACACCAAGUAGUGUAACCAGAUUCGAACCUGAGACCUCACACAUCUCAAACCUGAAAGAUCACAUAGCCGACCAACUCAGUUACGUUACCUUUGGCACUUAACUUUAGUUUUUUCAUCCAGCUAUCAUUAAACCAAAACCAAACUGGCAACACUAGUCGACGACGAAAAGGCUCCACUUAGAAGCUGUCUCUAGAAGCAUUGCAACAUGAAAAUGAGAAGGGAUUAGUUGGCAAAUUUUUGUUCUGAUUGGUAAGCAAGCAUGUCAAUCUUUGGUGCUAAUCAUUGCCCAAACAGAGGAAGUUGCUUUUUCUUGUGGGCUCAUUCUUAUUGGAAAUACCCAAAUACAAAUAGGGUCCUCCUCCUCCUCAAAUCCAUAUUUCCCACCAAAGUCCUUAUCAAGUUGUGAUCAUGAGGCCCAGAGCCCAGAACCAAGUCAAGAUUUAGGGGUUGAAUUAAUAUAUGUUUCCUCUUUUUCGUGUGGAUUUGGAGUAGUUGGUAAGGGAGAUGCGAUUUGUACUAGUUCCUCAUACUUCCAUAUUGGUUUGACCUUUCUUGUUGUUGUUCAUUUUUUUUCUUUCUAGAAUUAGAACUCAUAUAUUAUGAACCAAUUUCUAGUUCUUUUGGGCAAUGAUUAGCACUAAUUUGGAAAUAUUAUUACUAAUGUAUUAUGAACCAAUUUGGAAAAUAACCAUAUGGGAUUUUCCUCUUUUUCUUUCGAAAUGGGGUUUAAUUAACAUAUCUAUCUUGUUAAAAAUUGUGCACAAGCAACGCCAAUAGCUAGUUCUUUUGUGCGUUUUCGCCACAUGUAACCAAUAUCUCUAAAUUUAUACAUGUGAACUCUUAAACGGAAACAUAAAACAUUUCGGUGAUUGUUUUCCGACGAGAACUUUAGGUGUAAACAGUGACCAAAAAGCGUAGAAACAAUUUGGUAUUGUAAAAUAAUAAAAGUGUAACCUUUAAAGUAAGAUUUUGUAUAAAUUUAUAAAUGUACAACAUUUGUAUGAAAACUUGAAGCAUUUUAACGAUCUAGAAGCAUAAAAUCGCGUAAACUUUUGAAAUUUAAAGCACAAGAUUUUAACUACAUUGCAUAUAAAUGUUGCUCCAUGAAACUCCAAAUGGUAGGGGAUGCAUAAAGUAUAAGGAUAAUGUCUAUUUAUUUACCAAAUUUUAUUCAGAUUAUUUUAUAUUAUCCAAACCUAUUAAAAUGCUAUUAAUUAGUCAAAUCUUUCGCAAUGCAUCAAAAUAUUAGUCAUUUUUAUGUUAUCGUUAAUAAUUUUGUAACUCUUUUCUUAAUUGAAAUACUAAAAUUUUGGAAUGUUGACCUUCAUAUGUAUCUUCCAACUCACUAUCAUUUUGCCAAGUCAAUAUUACUAACAAAAUAACUAACAAGAAGUUAACAUUUGAUUAAUUCUUAGCAUUUCAAUAGACUUGGCUAAUAAUAAUAAAAAAUCCAAAAAAUAUUUCGCUAAUAAAAAGAAUUGAAAUUAGUUGCCGGAAAUAAAAAGAAGAAAAAAGACUUAAAAGAAAAAAAAAAGCAGAAAAAAGAAAAGGCCAACCAGGCCCAACAUCUAAAGCUUGUCGGUCCAAAGGUACGGCCCAAAUUCCAUGCGAUUGCUGAAGCCCUUUUUCCGUGGAAUUAGAGUUUUUCCUAGUUAGUCUCGCAUUCGGACAUGGCGCAGGCUAUUUAAAGGGAGGGAGGGCCGGUGAUGGUCUCUCUCGUCGGUUAAUCACAGACAGCAGCCGUGAUUUGAAUUUGAUUUGGUUUGGUGAGAAUUAGGCGAGACUAUGGCGAGCCCUAGAAGAGAAAUUACAGUUGAGGAGGAGGGCCAGGUCAGGGAAGCGAGCCCUAGAAGAGAAAUUCCAGAUGAGGAGACGGAGUUUAUUCCAAAGCUGGUGUUUAUUCCUAAGUUGGAGACGGAGUUUGAUCCAGAGGUCAGCGCAUUGGUGGAAAAAGGUUUAAGUUAUAGGCGGGCAGUGCUUCUUGACUUAAUCACUCGGGGCGAAGAGCGUUAUGAUCCAGAAGAGGUCGCAAGAUGGCUUGCCCUAGAUCGCGCUGAGCAAGAGCUGGCAGAUGCGCGUAACAAUAACAACUGAUGAGUGAUGAUCAGCUGGAAAAAAGGAGGAGGAAGAUUCGCUCAUAUGAUAUGUAGUACUCCUUAGUUAGUCAGUCCGUCUGCCUGUCUGUCGAACUAGAACUAGAACAUCAAUAAGGGUUACUUGUUGCGUUGUUGGUUGCAUUCCUGUUUUUGGUAAGAAUGCCAUUCUGCUUUGCUUGCUUUUUGCAGUGUUGGUUCCAACUUGUUAACAUGCUUUUCUCUGGUUCAAGAAAUCUAUAAAUGCUUGCGAAAUUGCGAUGCAUUUCUGUGAAUGAGGUGGCGUUCUCGAUUAGUGCCUUGUGAAUAGAUGACUAUUGUCUUCCAGGGAGGUUAAAAGUGGUUCAGGAUGAGUUCCAAUGUGGACGCUUUGCAAGAUGCUAAUGCAGCUUCAACUUCAGGACCAAAACAUUCAAAGAAAAGUGGUACGAGCUUAUGGCCAUUUGGUUUAUUGAUUUGCUGUCCGUGGAGUAAUUCGUAGUUUGGCUGAUGCACUAUCAUUACGACGCUUAUAAAUGAGGCUAAGAAGCUUACUGUUGCUGCUCUCUCUGCAGUUAAGGAUGCUGCAGCUGCUGGCCUGCUGCUGCAAUCAAGGGAAAAGUUGAGGUGGGCUUUGCUCUUUGUUCCCAUAUUAGCUGUCUGUCUAUUAUAUCUAACUAUGAAAACUAUUAAGAUUUUGCUCAUUUAGUUUGUCAUAUACACAUCAAGGUCAUGUUUGCUUAAUGGGAAGUGUUGUGUCCCGCUGUGUCACUGCAGUAGUUCUGAGAGAGGUAUCCACGAAAAUGGUUGCCAAACUUUGGGAUCACUGACAAAUAUGCUACUUAACUAUCAUCCAUAACUAAUUUGUCACUGAAGUUUUGAAUAGCUAGCGCUUUAAACAACAGCUAACUAUCCGUCUCCGUUAAAAUUUUCUUCUAAACUGUUGAGAUCAGUGUGUCAACUAGUCAGAUUGUUAAUUAAAAUAUGUCAUAUAAACCCUUUAAUUAGGGGGGUGAUGUUGGUAGGCAUAGGGUUGAGCAGCAUUUGGAUCGGCUAUGAGGUAAAAUAGGUCAUCCCAAGCCAGCUGUAAGGACUAUAUGACAAAUUACUUUUAAUUUGGGUGAGUUAGCACACUGAUCUUGUCAAUUUGAGCAAUUGUAAUGGAAAUGAACAAAGUGAUUGGUAUGUUAGCUAUUUCAAACUUCAGUUUCUGAAAAAUGAAAGCGGAAUAACCUGAAAGGUCAGCAAACAUUUAUAUAACCAAUCCAAAGAGGUGUAUACACGGUAGCGGUGACUUCCGCACGUGGCAAGUUUGGCUGACAACUUACAGAACGCAAUUUGACUUUUGCAGACUUGUAUGCUUUGUAGACUGAGCACUUCAGGCGGAAUGGUGUAACUCUCUUCGUGAUCACUGACCUGUACGCUUUGCAGCCGUAGAAAGGAUGAUCUUCUAUUCAUAAGCAAACCACAAUUCUGCCACAGAGCCUCCAGAAAAGCAAAACUCAUCUUUGCCCCCUUAGCAUGGUGGAAGCCAUGUAUUAGGCUACUACACCAAUCAACGACAUCAAGCCAUGCUAGUAACUCUCAUUUCACUGGAGCAUGUAGGUUUUUAGAUGAUUGAUGCAUUCACUGAGUCCCAAGUAUAAUGCAAAGCUUUGUUUGGAGAAGGUUUGAUUCACCCUUCCCUUUUUGAGCCAGAAACAUUGAGUUGAGAGGAUGCUUGUUCAGUUCAAGUUCAUGGAGUUGCACUGUUGUCCGCAGGUUACGUUGGGGAUACACUUGUUCUCCUUGCAAAGCCUCAAACUUAUAUGAACCUGAGUGGUGAAUUUGUAAAUGGCUUGUCGUAUGUGCUGACGCUGCAGUCUCUAUAGAUGAACUUUUUCUUAUUUCUGUUUUAUCAACUCUAGAACUAGCUGAUUUAUGCUUGGGUUCCAUCUUAAUCAAUAUUAGAUGAAAUGAAAAUCCUAAUUAAUGUCUUGUCAAUUGCAGGUUGGACCUCUUGCAGCUUAUUACAAACUACUUCAUAGCAAAGUUAUCGUGGUAUUGUUUAUCUCCACUUUUCGUGUUGACACCCCUCUUUUGCUCCAUAGUGUAUGAGGAACUUGAUGUGAGUAUAUUUGCAGGUAUAUGAUGACAUGGACUUGCCUUGUGGAGUGCUUCGACUUCAACCAAAGUGAGGUCAUUUUAGCCACAACGGGUAUGUAUAUCAGUAUGCUACUGUUGUGCUUAGUUAUGGGAGAGCUAUGGUUAACUAGAUUUCUAUAAAUAUUACUUGUUGGCUAUUUAUGUUUUCCCUCCAUUCUCUGUCUCAUUGUUUGUGCUCGAUUUUUAUUCAUUCGCUUUCGUAGUAGUUUGAAGAGUAUGAUCUAUAUACUUUCGAGGGAACAUAGAAUUUGAUUGGCUCGGAAAUGGUUAGCGUGAAUAUAUUCACUUAAUACCUUGCUUCUUUUGAUGCUCUCUAAAUUUGUGAUGCGUGAAUGUCUCUCUAUGUCCCCAGGAAUUGGAAGACCCCCUGGCCAAAUGGACCCAAAGACUUUCUUGCUAAAGAGGCUCAAUGCCACUGCUGAAGGGCGAGUAAGUAUGCCAGUAAGAAGCUGAAUCUUCUCCUCUUUUCUGCUAUUAGAUUCGCCUAGCUUCCUAGAAACUAUUCUUGGAGUAGAAGAUUUGAGCAAUUAGUUGUGGUGGUUUGGUUGGAUCCUGAAUGGUGUAACUUUCUUCGUGAUCACAGACUUGUACACUUUGCAGCCAUAGAAAGGAUGAUCUUCUAUUCAUAAGCAAACCACAGUUCUGCCACAGAGCCUCCAGAAAAGGGAAACUCAUAAUUGCCCCCUUAGCAUGAUGGAAGCCAUGUAGUAGGCUACAACACCAAUCAACGACCUUAAUCCUCGUCUUGCCCUAAAAAACUUCCCUCUGCACCGUAAUCCGACCCUUAGCCAGACUAGGCAAAGUCAAAUCGUACGACCUAAGUGUGUCGAGUAUCCUGAGCUUCAUUGUAAAGCUUGAGCACCGGUGCAUCCACUCUCAGUUGGGAACAAUCUAAACCAUAGAUGCAUAGCGGUGCAAGCGAGCUCCCGUGAUAGUAAAGACGCAAUUUGUAUAUCGCAAGUCACAACCGAUCAACCACAAGCUCUGUAAACUAUGGAAGUUGCGGAAACGGUCCACGUUACCUCCAGAGAAGCUAGGCAAUCGACAACCAUCUAAGUCCAACUUGGUAACACUUUGGAAGUUGCAUGGCCCAAACCCGACGGAGAUGAAACAGCCGUGUUUGAGCAAGGUGGGUUAGAUGCAAGCUAUCGUGGAAUGGCUGAAAAAAGCUGGAAUCAACAUGUCCAAGUUUGGGUUACUCUGCGUAUCUUGCGACACUGGCGAUCGGAGGCAAAGGUAAGUAUCCUUUGGAGCAAGACAAGGGAGAAGCGAGAGUCUCUGUAUGUUUUCUAAAACUAUGGUAGCAACUCUCAUUUCACUAGAGCAGGUAGGUUUUCAGAUGAUUGAUGCAUUCACUGAGUCUCAAGAACUUCCAAAGAACUCGAUGCAGUGCAAAGCUUUGUUUGGAGAAGGUUUGAUUCACCCCUCCCUUUUUGAGCCAGAAACAUUGAGAGGAUGUUUGUUGAGUUCAAGUUCAUGCAAAUUGAUGAGUUGCAUGUGGAGUAUAUAUCAAUUACACAGAUUCUUGCUUCUUCCCUGUCUUGCUCCAGAUGAUACUUACCUUUGCCUUUGAUUGCCUGAACUUGAACAUGUUGAUUCCAGCUUCUUUCAGCUAUUCCACGAUAGUCUGCAUCUAACCCAUCUCGAACUCAGACACGUCUGUUUCACCUCCGUCGGGUUUGGGCUGUGCAACUUUCAAAGCGUUACCAAGUUGGACUUAGACGACUGUCAAUUGCCUAGCUUCAUUGGCCGUAACAUGAACCCUUUCCGCAACUUUCCUAGUUUACAGAGUUUGUGGUUGAUCGGUUGUGACUUGCGACAUACAAAUUGUGUCUUUACCGUCAUGGGAGCUCGCUUGCACCAACUAUGCAUCUAUGAUUUAGAUUCUUCCCAACUGAGAGUGGAUGCACCGGGCUCAAGCUUUACAAUGAAGCUCAGGAUACCUG